AAAUGGCUGCCGCCAGCCAAUCAGCUCCCUUCGCGCCCAGAGUUACUUUUCCAAAGUCGGUCAGCUCCGGAGACGCAACCGUUAAGCGGGCGGGACGUCGUGUCACCACCGAGUUGUAGCGGAGAAGGGGCGGCUAUCGGUUCUACCUUCUAGUGGAAGAAAACCAUCGAAAAGAGACUUGAAAAUGCCAGGCCAAAGAUUCAGCGAUGGAGAUGCUGCCAUGGCGAGAUGGCCGGGGAGCAACCUGUACUUUGAAAUCCAGAUCUUGUCGUUUGAUUCCAGCUCACAGCUUUAUUCUGUGCUGUUUAAGGACGGGACUGAUAUGAACAUUAAAGAAAGUGACAUUCGGUCCUUGCAUAUGUUCCGACCCAAGAAAGGUUCUUCCUCUCCUUCAAGAAGGAGAAGUAGAAGCAGAUCAAGAUCUCGCUCACCUGCGCGCACACCAUCUCACAGGCGCUCUCCGGGACGUACCCCAAAGACAGACCCAAAGUCAUCACCGCUUGUCCGAGAUAGUCGAAAGGGGGAUAUUUUAAAAGUUCACCUAACUCCACUGAAACCUAAAGAUUUUAUUGUCGAGACAAGAAAUGGCAAAGAUGCCAUUACAAGACAUGCCAAUCCCUACAGAGAGUCUCCAGUCAUUCAGGCAGAGGAGAAGCAGUUAAAGGUGGACGAACAGCAAAUGAAAAAUCUAAAGGUUUUGCGCUAUGUCCAAAGGAAAGAAUAUUUUGCAGAAUCUGAAAAUAAAGAUGUCAAUAAAGAAUUUAUAUUGAAACCAGAACCCACUAGGCAUAUUGUGCCUAUUGAGAAGCCUGUGGUAGAGUUUGGAGGAGCUAUAGGUGCAGCUCUCAUGAUGCUUUCCAUGCCCGCUCUCCUGUACUAUCUUCUGCAUAUGUGCGCCCAGAAGGAUGCAUCUCUCGGGAGUUUCUACCCGCACUGGGCAUUUCGUGACCUGUGGGACUCUACAGUCUUUGGAUAUUUUGCUCUCUGGAUACUGCUGCUUGAACUAUUCUACCUUCUUCCCAUUGGAACGAUUGCACAUGGUGUUCCGCUUGCAACUGGGAAGAGACUGAGCUACAGGAUCAAUGGACUUUUUGCACUGUUCUUCAUUGGCGUACUGGUUGCUGUGCUCUUAUACUAUAAGAUUAACCUUCUUUAUGUAUAUCAGCACCUUCAUCAAUUUGCUGCCUCUACCACUCUCCUCUCCGUGAUUUUAAGUGCGUAUCUGUUUGUACGCUCAAGGAAGGCCUCACAAGAAGAACUGUCUGCUGCAGGGAAAUCCAGGAAUUUGAUCUACGCGUUUUUUAUGGGCCGAGAAUUAAAUCCCCGUAUUGGCAAGUUUGACCUGAAGCAUUUCAGUGCGGUGCAUGCAGCGUUGAUCAGUUGGGUUUUCAUCAACUUCAUAAUGCUUUUGGCUGAAAUGGACAUUCAGCAGCUUGAGAGCCCAUCGACAUCAAUGAUAUCGGUGAACGCUUUCCAACUUUUGUAUGUUCUCCACGCUCUUUGGAAUCAGGAAAGUAUGUUAUCCUCUCCGGAUAUUGCGCACGAGGGGUUUGGCUUUAUGUUGGCAUUUGGUAACCUGGUGUGGGUUCCGUUUGCCUACUCUCUCCAAGCUGCGUACCUGGUCAAGCAUCCAGUGGAGAUUUCCUGGGCCGUUCUUGGAGCUGUUGUGGCAAUGAACACUUUUGGUUACAUCAUCUUCCGAAGUGCCAACAACCAGAAGAAUGCCUUUAGGAGAAAUCCAGAGGACCCCAGACUUUCAUAUCUGAAGAGCAUCCCCAGUUCAUGUGGCUCUCCACUCCUCGUCUCUGGUUGGUGGGGAUUUGUCCGACAUCCAAACUACUUGGGUGAUAUUAUCAUGGCCUGGGCCUGGUGUCUUCCCUGUGGAUUUAAUGAUGUUUUGCCCUAUUUCUAUGGAUUCUUUCUCACCGGUCUUCUCAUCCAUCGAGUGAGCAGAGUCGAGCACCAGUGUCGACAGAAAUACAGUCACGACUGGGACAAGUACUGCCAUCUAGUGCCUUAUCGUAUACUCCCCUAUGUUUACUAGAAAGGCAAAUGUUUAUAAUAUAUAUAUUGAGGUUUUUAUUGCUGAAGCCAUUUGUAAAUUUCAUAUUUUGUAUAUGAUGUCUUUUUUAAAGUUAUUUUUUUUAAUGCAGGUUGAAUGGAUAUAAUGCUUUACAAUUGUAUCUUAUGUGUCAUAACUUUGUUUUCUAUAAGAUAUCUUCUUAGUAGGAAAGAAGGUGCCCCCUCCAAACUGUAUUAGUUGUGAACUCAGAAACCAUAUUAUAGAGUUAUAGAUAUCCUGUGAUAAUGUGUGCAUCUAGUAUAGGUUGCACAGGAGCAUAAAGAUUGCCAUAUACAUGCGAUGGGUGUAUGCUGAUUGUGUACUCAGCCAUAAGUUAUCACUCCUGAUCUCAUCCAGGGUUAGCCGAGCAUGCAUGUGCUCUCAGUAGGAAAGGGGGAGAAAGCCACAACCAUACUCCUCUGGUAGCAGCUCAUCUCCCAGAGGACAAAAGGAUUGGGCAGUUGAAAUCCAACUUGCUUGAUGCCUUUGGCCCCCAACAUGUGCUGUCAGGGUGAAAAUCAGGAGGCCCUGUAAGCAAUAGAUGGGCAUCCACUCCUGCCAAAAUUGGUAGGUUCAGCUGACCUGCAUGUGUUCUGUAUGGACAGCUUUAGUUUCUCAUAAUCCCUUUAGAGCAGUGUUCCCCAACCUGUGCCUCUCCAGCUGUUGCAGAACUACAUCUCCCAGCAUCUGUUGGCAGUCUUCAUUGGUUGUGUGACUGUUUUAUAAAAUCUUCAGAGUAUAGUAAAUCCUAAUAGCAGAGAUUGGGAUCUUACUAUGCAUACAGCUGUUUCCUAUACAGACAGCCUGCAGCUGUUUCCUUCAGAGCUGAGGAAUGAAAUGCCUGAUGUACUUGCCCGGUUUGACCAGUGCAUGAACUUGGUAUUGGUGCGGGGACGAUGCUAACAGCCUGUGAAAUGAGCAAUUACAUUCACCUCGUAUGGAGCACUUGACAACAUUCCUCUGAAAUAUAAACUCCUUGACAAACCCCGCUGUGGGUUUCUCAGCACAAUUAAUGUGAAUUGGAUUUUUACAAAAUCCUAUGUACACAAUGGAAGGGUAAUCUGCAAAUUGCAGGUUUCAAAUUUAGUGCGAACCCUCUCUUCUGGCACAAACUCCACCAACUGCAAUGUGGAAGACUGAAUCCGUGGCUAAAUCUGUAGGGUUUUAAGAUAAUUUCUGAAACUGCGAAUAUCCACCGCUUGUGUACAUGGCAUAUAUGUUAAUCAUAAUCAGUUUUACAUUAUACGUUUUUGUUUUUUGUGCCAUUUGAUUUUCAUUUACAUUUUUUUUUUUUAUUACAUUGAAAUGAGUGGUCCUGUGGAGU